CAUUUAAACAUUUAAACACGAGAAUUUGGAUGAAGAACUUAUAAUUAAUAAUAGUAUUAAUGUUUUCACAAAUAUCAAAUACAGGUUUCAAAAAUUUAACAUAUCUCAUUUUUAACUUAUAAUACAGUUUAGUGAUUUAAAACCCUGCAAAAACGUUGAGAGAAAAAUUAUCAUAUGUUGACCUGGAGGCAGAAACCGGCAUAAAUGCUUUUUAGUUAAGAAACGAGUUAGUAUUAUUCACAUAUGAAAAUUUAGGUUUAAGGAGGUAACAAACAUUUUCGGAAAGCAGACCUUGGAGAGGCUUGGUGUAAAUAAUCAAAAAUAAAUAUUGAAUUAUGCCUCGAGGUAAACGCCGGCCACUUGAUAUGGGCGAAGAUCAGCAUUCGAAGCGACAAAGAGGAAAUUAUUCAAGUCAAAACCAAUCAAAUGUUAGACGUUUUUUGAGGACUGAAGACAGUUUUAGCCAGAAACGUUGUGUUGCUUGGUUUCAUGAAUAUACGAACCCAGAUGAGCCGGACACAUUAGGACCGGAUGGAAUGGAGAAGUUUUGUGAAGAUAUUGGGGUUGAACCAGAAAACGUUGUUAUGCUUGUGUUGGCUUAUAAAAUGGGUGCAACUCAAAUGGGUUUUUUUAAGCAAUAUGAGUGGGUGAAGGGCUUUACCGAAUUAGAAUGCGAUUCUGCUAUUAAAAUGCAAUCAAAAAUAGAGCAUCUUAAAAAUUAUCUCAAUGAUCCAAACAUCUUUAAAAGUAUUUACAGAUAUGCUUAUGAUUUUGCAAAGGAUACAGACCAACGAAGUAUGGAUCUUGUAACAGCAAAAGCAAUGAUGCAACUUCUUCUUGGCAAACAUUGGUCCCUUUUUGCUCAAUUUGCACAAUUUUUAGACCAAUCGAAGUACAAAGUAAUAAACAAAGAUCAGUGGUGUAAUAUACUGGAAUUUUCGCGUACGAUUAAUGUAGAUUUGUCAAAUUAUGAUAUUGAUGGAGCAUGGCCUGUUAUGCUAGACGAAUUUGUUGAAUGGCUUCGAUUACAAAGAACCAAAAAAGUCCAGAGUUGAACUUCUUCGCAACCUUAAAGUUAUUGAUGUAUCAGAACACCAAGGGAUAUAAAACAUUUUAAUUUCUUAAAUUUACAUUAUUAAAGUAAGAUUAAAAAUGAAAUAAAAGAUUAUUUUAAUGCUACUGAGUAAAAUAUAAAAUGUACAUAAAGAAGAAAUAUUUAUAUUAAUUAUGUACAUAAACAGUUAACCUGUUGUGUCCAUUUGUGGCUUUAUUGCUUUAUACCAUAGAAUGGUCAGGUGUAAUUUGGAGUUCGCGUGAGAAUAUUUGUAAUAACUAAACAAUAAGAAUUUCCAGUGCUAAAAACCAGGGCCCCAAAAGUUCCUGAUUAAAAAAAAGUCAACUAAUAACUCAUGCGCCUUUUAAAGUAAAACUCAAAUCUAUAUAUAUAUGAUUGA